AACGCGUUGAAAAAUGGCCACUGAUGCAAUCUCCACUGCCAACACUGGCUAUCAGCACUCUCUAUCUCCUCGUUGUAUGGCUGGGGCCCAAAUUUAUGAAGAAUCGAGAACCUUUCCAAUUACGCUACUUGUUGAUUGCCUACAACUUUGGGAUGGUUAUCCUGAACUUCUUUAUAUUUAAAGAGCUAUUUUUAGGAGCCAGGGCAGCAGGAUACAGUUACAUAUGUCAAACUGUAGAUUAUUCUGAUGAUGAGAAUGAAGUCAGAGUUGCGUCUGCUCUCUGGUGGUAUUAUGUCUCUAAAGGAGUGGAGUACUUUGACACAGUAUUUUUUAUACUGAGGAAGAAAUUUAAUCACAUUAGUUUCCUCCAUGUGUACCAUCACUGUACAAUGUUUACCUUGUGGUGGAUCGGAAUCAAGUGGGUCGCUGGAGGACAAUCCUUUUUCGGUGCACAUAUGAACGCCUCGAUUCACGUCGUGAUGUAUUUGUAUUAUGGUUUAGCUGCUUGUGGACCACAUCUCCAGAAAUAUCUAUGGUGGAAGCGAUACUUGACAAUUUUACAAUUGGUCCAGUUCCAUGUCACUAUUGGCCAUACUGCACUAUCUCUCUACAUUGAUUGUCCUUUUCCAAAAUGGAUGCAUUGGGCUUUGAUUGUAUAUGCCGUCACCUUCAUAUUUCUCUUUGCUAACUUCUACUAUCGGACAUACAAAGAGCCCAAGGGAUCGGCACGGAGUGGAAAACCUGUCCAAAACGGGAAAGCGGUUACAAACGGAGGAGCAUACGCCAAUGGUGUCGUACACAAGGUGGAACACCACAAACCUGGUGUAGAGAAUGGACGGAAAAAGCGGAAGGGAAAAUCAAAGAGGGAGUAGACGACCCGCUUCAUGCCUUAUUCUGCCUGGUGGUAUGGAUCCACCACCACGGGGUGAAGCAGCCCCUUCAAGGAGUCAUUUUGAUUAUAUUUAUCCUGUUUGAUCAAAAGGUUUAAAAGCUCUUUACGUACAAUACUUGACUGCAGGCAUUAUUUCUUUAUGUAUAACAGAGCUGGAACCGAUCUCAAUUUAUUCUUUCCAGUGCACAAGCUAGCAAUGCUCUAUUUUUAAUCUGUUUCUCUGGAGGGAGGAAUGACAGUUUCUGUUGGCUUGUGCACAGCAAGGGAGUUCCUGCUGAAUAAUAUGUUGCAGUAGCAGAGAGGAUGCUAUAACCUGUAAUUCAAAUGAUUAAGGGGGAGGCACAAAUCACUGCUAGCAAAAUAAACCAAGGGAUCUCUCCAUUCUCUUCUAUUUAAGCAUGUCAAAAUAUUAUGGCACAGUCUCCUUGUUUAGCUAAGAUGAUGCUAUUAGGUUUAAUUGCUCACAGAAUAC